CGAAGGAAGUGUUUCCUUGACCACGGUUCUACGUGGCAUUCGUUGUUAGUCUCGGCAUGGGGUCCAAUUUCAGGGAUUAUGGGCGGGAGGACCGUCGGGAUCGGAGUUGUGAUCGAGGGAGAGAUUUUGGCGGUUAUGAAGGAGGACGGGAUUGACAGGGAGACGGACGGAGGGAGCGUCCGAUGGAGCGUUGGAGCUCUAGUCAUAUGGGCCAGAGGGAUCCGCCGCAACGAUUCACACAUGUCUGUUAUGAAUGCGGUGAGCCUGGCCACUAUAGGAACCAGUGCCCGAAGCUUGGGAGAGAGGGCGCCCCAAGGUAUGCAGGCCAACAGGGAAGGUCGGUAUCCCCAAGGCAUAAUGCACGUCUACCUGAGCCACGAGCGGCCUCUGAAGACCCCGCGAUUAAACGGCAGAUUGAAGAUCUGGCCAUGUCCGUGGCGACAAUGAAGGAAGUGUUUGACGUAGAAAUUGCGGCGAAGGAGGAAAAGAGAAAGAAGAAGCAGGAGAAGGCCGAGAGAAAAAAGAGGGAGGAGGAGGAAGCUAGAGCACCCGAGGAGGCACGUCUAGCUGAACAGAGGUGUGCAACAAGAAAGGAGGAGAAGUUGAGGAAGGAGGAGGAGGACCGUCAACUGAUGAGAAAGGAGCUGCUAAUGGAGCUCUCCCUCCGUAUGGGGCAGCUCGAUGAAUCUCUGCAGCGCCGGUACAAACGAGAUAUGAGGGAACGAGUUAAAGGGAAGCAGAAGAUCGCGGAGGCAUCGUCGGAUGAGGAGGAAGCUGACCCCUACGAAAGCGAUGUGGACACGUUGAGCCGCCAGACUGAGCAAGUAGUUAUCACUGAGAAGCGGAAAAGAGGUCCCGAGAAGGCGGUUGGGGACAGCCCACCUAUGGUGACGCCCGCAAAGCGAACGGCGAAACGACGGCUGCAGCUGGGAUGCCGUCAUCGACCGAUGAAGCGGACUUCACCACGUAAGACUCCGGUGAUGCGGGUCUCACCAGGUAAGACUCUGGGGACGGGAAGGAGGAAGAUCCCGGCUGCCCCGGGGACUAUCGGUAAGGUCAGGUUUGUAACCGAUAAUUUGAGAGAAUUGGGAGAUAUGACUGUCGAGGAGCUAAAGAGGAUAUGUUUGUCUGAAGACGUGGCUUACGAAGGGAAGAAAAUGCAAGCUAUAUUAGCGAUCGUUGAGAAGCGGACACAGAUCACAAUCGGGAAUGAGGAGGUGAAGGGUCCUGAGGAGGAGAUUGGUGAAAAUCAAGCCGAGACGGAGGAGGUGGAGGAAGAGGAGGAUGGGAGUGAUACCUGAACAGCGUGUAAACUUUGGGUGCUUUGUGAUGUGUUAAUUGAAUUUCGCCGUGAGAAUAUAUUUGAUGA